AUUAAAAAAGUCUGUUGACUAUUACUUGCCACAAAAGAGGAGAUAUAAUGCGAUUGAUCUUCGCUUUGAAACACAAAAAGAAUUCUCAUAAUCCCCUAGAAAUUGAGGCGCGGAACUAUAACUUCUGUAGGAAGAAAUCACAGGGAAUCUGAAUACAUUGGCAGGCUUCAUGAGCAUCGAAGGAGCCUUUUCACAUACUAUUUCCUCCAUGUGGAAAUAUGAUGUCUUCCUAAGCUUUAGAGGUGAAGACACCCGUACCAACUUCACAGAUCAUCUACAUGCUGCUUUAAAGAAAAGUGGAAUUAAUGUUUUCAAGGAUGACGUAGAACUUGAGAAGGGAAAAUCCACUUCACCUGAACUCUCAAAAGCAAUUGAAGAAUCAAGAAUAUCGAUUAUUGUUUUCUCAAGAAAUUAUGCUUCUUCCACUUGGUGCUUGAAUGAACUCGUUAAGAUUGUUCAAUGCAUGAUGACAAUGAAACAUAUGGUUAUUCCAAUUUUCUAUGAUGUGGAUCCAUCUGUAGUAAGGAAGCAAACAGGAACUUUUCAGGAGGCCUUUUCUAAACAUGAAGAAACAUUUAGGGAGAAUAUGGAAAAGGUGCAAAAGUGGAGAACUGCUUUGACAGAGGUGGCCAAUCUCUCUGGAUGGUGUCUAAAGGAUAGGCUUGAGUCAAAAUUUAUUGAAGAAAUUGUUGACGAGAUAUCAAGAAGACUAAAUCCUACGACAUUAAUGACUGGUGACGACCUGGUGGGAUUAAAUUCACGUUUGACAAGACUUUUAAUGCUUAUGAGCACAAGUUCUAAUGACGUUCGAAUGAUAGGGAUUUGUGGAAUGGGAGGAAUAGGCAAGACAACAAUUGCAAGAGCUGUUUAUGACUCGAUCUCUUGUGAAUUUGAAGGUAGUAGUUUUCUCGCUAACGUUAGAGAAAUUUCGGAGAAAAGAGGUCUUCUUUGUUUACAAAAGCAACUUAUUUCCAACAUCCUAAGGAAAAGGAAAAUUAAAAUUUGGAAUGUCCAUGAUGGAAUCAAAAUGAUAAGAAAUAGGUUGCGGACUUUUAAAAUUCUCGUUGUUAUAGAUGAUGUGGAUAAUAUAAACCAACUAAAUGAAUUAACUGGAAAACAUGAUUGGUUUGGUCGUGGUAGUAGGAUUAUAAUAACAACAAGAGAUAAGCAUCUGCUGAUGGCACAUGGAGUGGAUUACAUAUACGAGGCUGAGAAAUUAGAUGAUAACGAAGCCCUUCAAUUAUUUAACUUGAAAGCCUUCAAAAAUUAUCAGCCUCCAAAAGAAUAUGAGCAAUUGUCCAAACAUGUUUUAAAGUAUGCUAGUGGUCUUCCAUUAGCUCUUGAAGUUUUAGGCUCCUUUUUGUUUGGUAGAACGACUGAUGAAUGGGAAAGUGCAUUAGAACGAUUAGGUAGAGAUUCUGAAAAAAGAAUUCUUGAUAUUCUUCAAAUUAGUUUUGAUGGGUUAAAUGAAUCAGAGAAGAAAAUAUUUCUUGAUGUUGCAUGUUUCUUUAAAAGAAAAAAUAAAGAUCAUGUGACAAGAAUACUAGACUCUUGUGGUUUUGAUCCAACAAUUGGAAUAAGUGUUCUUGUUGAUAAAUCUCUCUUAACUAUUUCAAAUGACAACGAAUUGUUAAUGCAUGAUUUGUUAAAAGAAAUGGGUCAUCAAAUUGUGAAGAGGGAAUCCCUGGAAGAGCCUGGAAAACGUAGUAGAUUGUGGGAAAAAACAGAUAUCAGUCACGUGUUGACAAAAAAUACGGGAACUGAAGUAGUGGAGAGCAUAAUACUUGAAAAAGAGGCGCAGCUGAGUGUCGAUGCUAAAGUCUUUUCGAAGAUGAUCAAGCUAAGACUUCUCAAAAUCCAUAACCUACAACUCCCCCAAGGCCUUGAAUACCUUUCGAACGAAUUAUCAUUCCUUGAAUGGAAUGGAUAUUCUUUAAAAUCAUUGCCAUCAAGUUUGCUAUUGGAUAAAACUGUUGAGCUUAUAAUGCAUUAUAGUCGCAUCGAACAGUUGUGGAAGGAAAUCAUACAACCUCUAGACAAGUUGAAAGUCAUCAGUCUCAGUCACUCCAAGAACUUGAACAAGACGUUUCCACAGAUAGUACAAAGUAUGGAAUCUCUAGUGGAGCUUUGUUUAGACAGAACUCCGAUUAAAGAAUUACCAUUCCCAGUUGAGCAUCUAAAGGGAAUUGUUUUGUUGAGUAUGGAAGACUGCAAGAAUCUUGUGACUCUUCCAACAAAUAUAAAUGAUUUGAAAUCUCUCAAAACUCUAUCAAUCUCUGGUUGCUCCAAACUUGAAAAUGUGCCAGAGAAUUUGGGGCAAGUAGAAAAUUUAGAGAAGCUUGAUGUAAGUGGAACUGCUAUAAGGCGACCAACGUCCUCCAUUUUUUCAAUGAAGAAUCUUAAGGAAUUAUCUUUUCGCGGAUGCAAAGGACCGCCAUCAAACUCAUGGUAUUUGCCCUUCCCAUUCAAUUUGAUGUCAGGAAGAAGAUCAGAUCCCAUCAUCACUUUGAAGUUGCCUUCACUGUCAGGUUUGCCUUCAUUAACAAAUUUAGAUCUCAGUGACUGCAAUCUAGAAGAAAUCCCCAGUGAAGUUGGCAACUUAGUUUCAUUGCAAAAUCUAUAUCUAGGAAAGAACAAUUUUGUGUCACUUCCUAGCACCAUCAAUCGUCUUCCUAUGCUUAUGAAACUUCGUUUGAAUAAUUGUCAUAGGCUUCAAUCAUUGCCAGAACUUCCACCCAAUUUACAAACCCUCAAUGUAAAUUAUUGUGCUUCACUAAAAAGAUUACCAAAUGCAUUACAAUCGUGCAUGAUACCAUAUCGUGCAGAAUGCAUUUGUUGCAGGAAUUGCUUGAAAUUGAGUGACUACAAAACCAGUGUGCCAUCAACACCAAAGGAACUGCCCAAUCCAAUAGGUGAGAUGACCAGCAUUGUUAUCCCUGGAACUGAAGUUCCGAAGUGGUUCAGCCAUCAGAGUGAGGGUUCUUCAAUAAGAAUAAAAUGUCUUCCUGACAUGAAGUUGAAGGGAUUCUUUGUGACCGCUGUUCAUUUUAUCCAGAAGCAUUUUCCUGCCCUCAUUGAUAAUGCUUACCUUCGUUUUCGAGGCAAUCAAGAAGGGGAAAAUCCUAACGAGAUCGAUCUUAGAGCUGAAGAUAAUUAUUUCCAGGGUACUGUAUCAGACCAUCUUUGGCUAAUCUAUAUCCCAAUCCGCUUCUUCUGCACUGUGCCGCACAAAUAUUUUUUUGAGUUCGAAUUUGACACAUCAGGGUGCCCAGCAAUUACUGUGAGUAGGUGUGCGGCCCAUCCGAUAUAUGAAGAAGAAUUCGUCGAGUUUGACCAUCCAACAGAACAAUGCAGUAGCUCUAUUUCUGAGAAUAAUGAUCACAACCGCCUUCAUGCUGAGGUCUUAGCAGGUCGUUCCUGAAAUUGACAUUAAUGGUGGAAUCUUUGGUUGAAGUGUAUGUGAUUGAAGGGCUCUUUCUAAUUAAGUAGUUUAAAUAAUUCUGAAUUUCAGAUGAUCACAUCUCUAUUCUGAAGGAAAUUAUGUGAAUAUUACCUUAUGUUUACCUGCUGUAUGUUUUCAUCUAUAUAUAUAGC